AUUUCAGUGAACAGUAAGCAUCCCAACUCAAAUAGAAAUAAUACCACGUGGAUCAAUGUAUUGCAGCCUCCCUGCACAUCCCCGGCAGACACCAGGACCCAGAGGAAUCCAAUUCUGUCUGUGUGCCUUUUUGGGUGAAGGAAUUAAAAACAGUCGAAGGGUGGCGAAUUAGACAAAUGUCUUUCAGAGCAAGCAAAUCAUCGACAAGACAGUAGCACUCGUGAACCUGCUGACAAGACGGAACAGGAGUUUUCAGCAGCAAGUUGCUGCUGGAUUUCUGGGGAUAGUGUUAACGCAGGUUUGGCAUUUAAUUUCAACAUGAGAGAGCCACGGUUUCGGGACAACUUCUGGAGUACAGACAUAACCAGCAGCAUUGGUUACGAUAAUCUGAUCCAGCACAUGAACGAUGGGAGAAAAACAUGCAAAGAGUUGGAAGAUUUUAUAAAACAAAGGGCGUCCAUUGAGGAGAAAUAUGGAAAGGAAUUGAUGUCAUUGUCAAAGAAAGUGUGUGGACAAAAUGAACUGAAUACAUUGAAGAGAGCUUUUGACGUCUUCAAACAACAGAUGGAGAAUGUGGGACUUUUGCACAUCCAGCUGGCUGGCAGUUUACGGGAAGAGAUUAAAAAAUUGGAGGAAUUCCGGGAAAAGCAAAAGGAUCAAAGGAAAAAGCUCGAACAUUGCAUGGAAAAUUUGCACAAGCAGAAAACUGUGUUUUUCAAGAAAACCAUAGAGUCCAAGAAGACUUACGAGCAAAAAUGUAAAGAAAAGGAUGAGGCUGAACAGAUACUAAAUCGAAGUUCUGGGAUCAGCAAUUCCAAGCAGCAAGAUAAAUUGCAGUCAAAGGCAAACCAGAGUAAACAAAUUGCAGAAGAUGCUGAUCGAACAUACCAGCAGAAUGUCUCCACCCUCGAGAAGAUCCAGGAGGAAUGGCAAAAUGAACACAUCAGGACCUGUGAGUUCCUUGAGAAGCAGGACUGUGAGCGAAUACACACCAUGCGUAAUGCUAUGUGGGUCCAUGCCAAUCAACUCUCCCAGGGGUGUGUGACCAGUGACGAGAUGUAUGAAGAAAUACGAAAGGUGCUGGAACAGUGCAACAUACAACGAGACUUAGAAUUCUUCAUAGACCUGAAAAGGACUGGUGAUACUCCACCAGCCCCCGUCCCAUAUGAGAAUUACUACACUGGCCAGAGGGGGCUGCCUCCGAGCCGGGUUCCAGUCACCUUGAGGCGUUUGCCCGUACCAAGUCCUGACAAUUCAGCAUCUGAGCCACAAUAUGCUACGGUUGGAGAAAAUAAUUACAGUUAUAUUCGGCACCAUUAGUCAUAUUGAAGCUCAUAUCUUGGCAGCAAAGACGCCAUUGGAAGCUCUGCAGCUUUGGGAUCGUGGAUAUUUUAUUCACUGUGGGAAUGCAAGAACAUUUGAAAACACUGGUUUAUGUGUCAAUCUCAUGGAUUUUAACUGUUGCUGCCAAAAUUAAUAUAUUUACACUUAUACAUUUCUCAGUUACAAUGUCAAAUUCUGAGGAGAUGCUAAUCAGUACUAGGAUGGAGUUCAGACUUGAAUUUUAAUUUCAGCCUUUCACCAUGACACAGCAUAAGGCUAAUUGUACAAAGACCUGUUCACCUGAUGGUUAAGGUGGUUAAGUUUGAAUAGCUGAAGCAUGUAAACACAUGCUAACCACAUCUCCAAUUUGUGAUGCUGGUGGGUCUCCAGUGGAUUAGGGGUAAUGGUGUCAAAAUUGGUUUUCCUCCUUUGUGGUUUUAAGAGGAACUGCAGCCACAGCAGCCCAUCAGCCUGUUGAAUAGUCUUGCCAACCCUUGCCACCAGAUUUGUUGAUUCAGACCACCAGUUAGUGCCCAUGGAACCACACCCAACUGUUGAGGAAAGAGGCAGGCUAAAAGAAGAAUAAAAAAUAAAAACCUACUGUUCUGUACAUUUGAACUUUGCAAAAUAUCAAGAACUGCAAAUGCUGAAGUCAGAUUCAAUACAGUGUGGAGCUGGAGGAACACAGCAGGUCAGGCAGCAUCAGAGGAGCAGGAGAGUCAGUGUUUUGGGUCAGGACCCUUUAUCAGGACAUCAAAACAUCAACUCUCCCGCUCUUCUGAUGCUGCCUGACCUGCUGAGUUCCUCCAGCUCCACACUAUUGAUUAUGAACUCUGGAACUUACUAUAGUUAAAUUCUUCCUUUUUAAGACAAAAAAAACAAUAUUACAUAGAUCCAGUCUAUCCGUGUCCAAGCAACAGUAAUAACGGUUCAAGUAGUUCCAUUAAUAGUCAGCUAUGGUUAUUUAGAGGCAUCUGUCAAUUUACAAAACAGUAACUAAAAUGUCCAUACUGCAGAUAAUUCUCUAUGGAGCCCAGUGAGUUCAAUUCCAUUGUUGCAACUGUGUGAUAUAAGCUGUAGGUUCUGCUUGGAUUAUUUGUAGUCAGUUCCACUGGAGUCAAUUAAUUCCAUUUUGCAAGUUGUUGGAGUGGGUGAAUAUGUUAUGGUGUUUCGUGUUCUUCCUUUCGCUCACUAUCCCCAGAUAGCACUCUGAUUGAGAACUUCACUUUCAUCUCUCUGCCAGUGGCACUUUACAGCUGUCUGCUAUGAGAGUGAUCACAGAGUGACCCUUCCUUAUUUUUAAGGAAGCUAAUAGGAUUAAUGAAGCAUUUGGGGUUUCAGAGGAAUGAUCUGCUGCUCAUUUCACAAUCCUUCAGUCUAGUUGAAGAGAUGCUUGCCUUGUUCAAUCUGAUCCUACAUGCCAUUUUAUUUCCAUCUUCCAUUCCAGUAACUCCAAUUGCAAAAUAUUGUCUGCUAUCAAAGGUUGAAGGCGGAUAUUAUGAAUGAUGGAAACUAUUCAAUGGCUUGACAUUACAUUUUGACCCUGAUACAUUUAUAUGCUGGGUGAAUUUGCAGCAGUAUGAAAUUGCAUGCAGUAUAGCGUCAUCUCCCGUACAGAUUAAUUGUUGUUUUAAAUUUCACAUUUUUAUUUUUAUGUCAUAAAAAUUUGAUAAAGAGUGGCUGCUGUUAUUUGUUUUGAUGCCUGGAACUAUCACUAUUUAUUUUCUGCAGCAAAAUAACUUUUACAAUAAUUCAAAAAUCUGUCAAUGGCUGCCUGUGUAACAUUAUGCUGCAUUGGACCCUUUCUCCAUUGUAGGGUGAGAUAUCUUUACUGCAUUGCAGGUAAGUCAGUUUAAAAUAAAAUGAGGUGAAUUCUAAACUCAGUGGUAAAAAUACUGAUCACUUGGUUAUAUGGAAUCACAAAAUGGUGGCCAAGCAGAAGGAGGCAUUUUGGCUUGUCAUUCUGUGCCAAGCAAUUCAGUUAGAGUCACCCUCUGUCUUCUCCCCAUGGUUCUACGCAUUCAUCCUUUUUAAACAACAAUCCAGUUCUCUCUAGAAUGAGAUAGCACAGUAUGGAGCUGGAAGAACACA